AAUUUUAGGAUUUCCAUGAAGUUACUUUAAAAUGCAAUGGCUGCAAAAAAUAUAUUCCAACAGGAGGAAUGGAUUCUCAUUUGACUCAGUGUAAAUCAAAAGUAUGUCCUUAUUGUGAUAAAUCCAUGAAGGGCAAUCCACAGACUCACUUAACUAAAUGUAAUGACUAUAAAAAACGGCAGCAAAAGUCACUUAAUAAUCAAAAUACUGGUGCAAAGCCAAAGAAUAAAAAUUCAGAAGAGUCUGGUGCUUUAAAUAGAUUUACAGGAGCAGUUAAAAGUUUUUUUUAUGGUUCUGAAAAAACAAACCCUAGCCAUUCUAUGGAUUCACAAACAAACUUGUAUUCUGCUGCUGCUAACUAUAAUGAAAACUUAGUUGCUCCUCCUGAUGAAAUAAUGUAUGUGUCUUGUGAAUUUUGUGGUAAAGAUAUUAUAAUGGAUCAAGAAGUAAUUGCAAUGCAUGAGUCAGGGUGUCGUCCUGAUUUGGUCAGUCUUCCUUCAGCUGUAUCAGAUGAACACAGAUUGCAUAAAUCUGCUCAUGAAGCUUAUUCUUAUAGUGAUCAAGCUAGUGCUCUGCAAAGAGAAAGAAGGUACUUAGAAAAGCCGGAAGACAAAAAAGUAACUCCUGAUGAUGUUUCUUGUGAGGCUGAUACUUACAAUUUCAUGAAAAACUUUAGAAAUAAAUAUGAUACUCAAGAUACUUCGUAUCAAGAAAAUUUGGAAGUAGAAGCUACUAAAGGCAAUCUUGGCUCAGAGAUUAAUGAUAUCGGGCGCUCUUGUGAUAAAUAUAUAGUUGAAGAUGCAAAUACCUGGGACUGUAAGGAAAGUCGUUCAAUGUCAAAAUGUCUGGAGAAAAAAUAUGAGAGUAAAUAUUCAACUAUAGAAUCUAAUGAUGAGUACCCUGAAAAUGUACUUGGAUCCCAGGAAAACAAUGAAAUAAAAGAAGAUUCUGAUGUGUAUGAAGCAAGAUCAUAUCUAAGAAGAUCAAAAAUGUCUACAGAACCUGGAGAAUUUUUGAAGAAUAACUUGGAUUGCAAACAGUUUGAUCUCAGAUCAUCUAAGAAGAGGGGGAAGCUCUCAUCAGAUUUUACAGACAAUUCAGAUGUUCGAAAUAAAGAUAAAUUGUAUAAUAGCUGGCAAGAAAUCGAUGCUAGAAGAGCUGAAACACAUUACAAAAAUAAUCAUAAUGAAAGGGAUAAACCAAUUCACAACAACAGAAAAAAGGUAGUAUCCACUGAAGGCAGGAAAAGUGAACAGAUUGCUAAUCAGACUAGUUUGAAUAUUAGAGAAAAUGUAGGCGUCAUUGGAGCAAAGUCCAGCUCUAAUAAAGUGAUGAAUAAGAAUGCUUCACCCUAUUCUGAUAAUUAUCACCACGAUUCUGACCCAGAAAGCUCUAAGGAAGAUAAUUCUGAUUAUAAAAAUAAAAGCAUGAUUCAUUCUGGCAGAAAAAAUGUAACCUCUUCCAAAUCUGAUAAACAUACCUCAAAAAGCUAUUCUUCUAAGGACUGCAAAAAAGACUUAAAUGCAUUCCACUCAACAUAUUCUUCUACUAAGGUUCUAGAUGAAAAUAUAUCUGCUGAUGAUCCUCUGUAUGAUUCUGAUCCUGAAAGCUGUAAAGAAAUGAAAGAUUCUAAUGCCUAUGAUUACAGCUAUAUCAAAAAUAAAGCAGAGCGAAUUGAACUUGAUACUGAAUCAGGAAAACAUUCUAACCAAGAUGUGUUCAAAUCUGAAGCUUCUAUCAUUUUCUCUUCUGAAAUGAAAGGUCCUGUCAAAAUUGAUCGAUUACGCAGAAGAGCAGAAGGCAAAGUUAAUGAAUAUUCAGAACAUUUUGAGAGAAAUAAACAACUUACUGAUUGUCAUGCCAAAGAAAGUCUGUAUCCAGAUGUAAGCUCCUUUUCAUCUGGAGACACUUUUGAAAAAAGUUCUCAAGAAAAGUUGAAUGACAUGUAUUUGAAAGGGAGACAACGAAGUGCCAAAGCAGGCAUUGAUAAUGAUGUGUUAAAAUCUACAGACACUUAUGAAAAAGGUUCUAAUGAAAGAUUGUAUGAUAUGUAUUUGAAAGAAAGUCAACAAACUACUAAAGCAGACAUUAAUCAUAUGUUUAAGAAUUCCAGUUACAAGCAAUAUUUUGAAUCAAAUGCCAAGAAGGACGAACCCAUGGAAACAGAUGAUGAGAAUAACAUAGUGGGAAAACAUACAUCUAUUCCAACUGAUUAUUUUCCUCACUCGAGAAUGUAUGCUGAUGUUUCUGAUUUUGAAACCAAAGACAGCAAUAUGGAUAGCUAUUUUGAAUUUUUGAGAAAUGAGAAAGAUGACUUCCUAGAUGUAUGUAAAAGAUGUGGAAAUGAAAUGUGUGUUUGUAAUAUUGAGAAAAGUCUUUCUAUCGCUGGUGAAAAAGGUACCUUUCAACGGAAUGCGGAUCAAUUGCGCUAUAUAGAAGAGGAAAGGAAGGCCCAUGGUCAAGCAAGUGACUAUAGAUAUUUAAAAGCUAAGAGCUCUGUUGAUGAUAGAAAGGCUAAUAAUCAGCAAGAUGAUCAAUGGAAGAAGUUUCGACCAUCUUUAGAGGAUAGUUUUUAAAUUUGACAUCUGCCCCUGAGCUUCUAUUCUGUGCAUUGUUGAUGAAGAAAAAUGUGCCAUGCCAUAAGAAAACCAUGUGUUUGUUACUUGUUUUACAGACGUUUCUAUUUUUUUCUUUUUUUAGUAUUUGUGUUAAAAUGAUAUAUGUAUUUUUUAUAUUUGGUAAUUUUGUAAAUUUGGUUGUUAUGCUCUAGCAUGGAUAAAAUUUGUUUUGUGUGUCUUUAAAUAUUUUUUUAGCAGGUAUACCAACUUAAAUUACAUUCCGUUUUACUGACAAGUUUAUUACAUUAGUAAUUUAAAAAUUACAUUACACUUAGCAUGAAAAGUGAUAAGUGUAUUAUGGUAAUUGUUCAGUGCUAUGUAGAUUUUUUUUUAGAUGAUAGUAUUGAUAUAAAGUAAAAAAAUUUUAAUGAUAAUUUGAAUAGAAUAAAACUGUAUCCCAAAAUAUAUUGUAAAGUAUAAAGUGAAUAUUAACUAUUUUAAUUAUAUAUUAUACAGAUAUUCUACUAUAAUGAUAUACACAUACAUAUUGAACAAUUCCUAAUUUUUUAAUUAUGUUAAAAUUUGGUUUUCAAGUAUUUUUCUGUGCAUCCAUGAAUUGUCAUAUUUUUUAAUUAUUUUUGUGUAUAAGAAAUUUUUUCGCACUUGUAAAAAUCAAAUAUCUUUGCAACAUUAUACUGUUAGCACAAAAAUUAAUAUGAAAUUGCAUUGCAUAUGCUAUAUAAUCUAGUUUUUCAAAUUCAAUAAUUUGCACAAAUAUUUUUAUGAUAAAAUUUAAAAUAUUGGAAAUAAAUUUAUAAAAUUUUUAAAUAGUAGAGUACAAUAUUUUUGUAAAUUCAUAAUGGGCAAAUGUGUAAAAUUUUUCUAAACAUCUAGCCCAUUUUUCUCAAAAACUAUUUAUGAGAAUAUGUUUUUCUUAGCCAAAGAACUAGUAAAUCAUCUAAUUUAGUGAAUAUCUUAACAUGAUUUCUAACCAUUUGUUAGAUUGUUUAUUUUCUUAGCAAAUAAAUUGUAUUUAUAUUUUUCUGAGCAAUUGCAUCUUAGCAUUUCGGCAAAAACAUUUUAUCAGUUUUAAUUUUGAAAGAAAUUAUUAUAUUUCAUGUUCUUAGUCUUCAUAUUAUUUGGUAUUCUAUCGAGUAAUCUGUCUAGUAUUUUAAGUAAAGAAUUUGUAUCAAAUAAACUAUCAAUAUCCUCAGCAAUUAUAAAACUUGGCAAUAAAAGAAAUAGAGGAAAAAAUUCAGAAGUUCUAUUGUUGAGUCUAAAUAUUACAGUUUAUGUUCUUACUCUAACAUUUUAUAUGAGAAAUUUCAAUUAAAGUUGCUUAAUGUGUGAUCUGAGAUUUUGUUUUAAGUUAAAGAUUGUUAUAGUACCUUUAAAUUUUUGAUAUUUGUAAUCGAAUUAAUGCUGUAUCUGAAAAGUUUUAUUCAGACUUAGUAAAGAAGUUAAAAAAGCUUGAAAUAUUUCAUGUAAUCUGUGGUGCCUUAUUGUGAGUAAUCAAAAUACAUUUUGAUAAUAAAGAAGUCUUGUAUUUAGAACUUUCGAAAAAUUGUUUUUUUCGUAUUGCUUCAUAAUUGUAAUUUGAUAUUGAAUAAAGUAUUUUUUAUGAAAA